AGUCUCUCUUGCAGCAAAGGAUGAAUAGAAGGAAGAGAAGGAGCCUCAUGGACAACCUUCCUGGUCCGUCAUCGCCCCAUCUCCUCUUCAUCUCUUCCCCCUCAUCAUCCUCAUUCAUUUUCACCCUCCUCUUCAUCGUCGCCCUUCGCUUGUGAGUCAUCCACCCAAAAAAAAAAAGGCUUUCCAUUGCUUCCACGAAGAAGCAACUCGAACAGCGGACAACAAGGUUUAAAAUAGUCCUUUCUCCUUUCUAGAUGGCGAUGACCUUUUCUCCUCUCUAACCCUUCCCCAUCUUCUUGAUUCGUCCGCUAGUUCUCUCUCUCAUAUCCACUCAAUACCGACGAGGAACGCUGAUCACGAAGAAGAGCCUGAGGAUCGAGAGCUGCUAUUUUAUCGCUGAUUGCAACUGCAUAUUUAUUUCGAGACGGACGUAUUUUUACCCGGAGUCAGCAACGCGCUUCUACCCCACACUGAACAACCUGAAGGCAAGACGAUGUUUAGGAGAGAGAGUCGUUCCGAGAUCCCCUUCCACGACGACAACAAGUAUGCAAAGACGCCCCUUAGCAUCCACAACAGGAGGCAGCCCCAGCGUCGUCUUCGUAAACGCCAUGCAGUCCUAGUCCUCUGCCUGUUUGCGGCGACAUACAUGUUCCUGAAAUCACCCUCGACUUCAGUAUCAUGGUCAUCACCCUCCUCCCCCGCACCCAAGUCUGGUCAAAGUCAAGGUCAGGACGACAAGAAGUUCAUCGUCCCCCGUCCUCCUCCUCCACAGCCAGCUCCCAAUAUCAACAAUGACAAGAGCAGCAACCAAGCCGCCGCAGGAAGCAAUGUCAGCGACAGCAAAAAGCAAGAGGAGAAAAAGAAAAAGAAGAAAAAAAAGAAUCCACCGACGCUGUUUGAGUUCGACGGCAAGGAUCCAACCCUCCGGUUUCAUGACGUGCCCCGUGGAGACAGGAAAUCGAAGGACAAGGGGCCAAAAAAAAACAAGAAGCAACCCAAACCCGUUGCACCUCCAGCGCAGAAACCAGCACCCGUCAUUCCUGCUGUGCCGAUCGUACCUGUAGUACCUGAUAUUAAGCAGCAGCACGAUUGGAAGGAGCUUGAAGAGGCUAGCAAGGAUCUAUCGGAGGACGAACCGGACAUGGAACUGCAUCUCGAUGAUGCCGACGACUACGCCGAUGUCGGCACUAACAAGGAGAGCCUUCCUGUGCCUGGAAACCAUCGAUCGAAAGAGAACCCGCCGAUUUGGGAAGAGCGCAAGAACAAGGUCAAGCAGGCGUUCCUGCACGCCUGGAAUGCAUACCGUCGCGACGCCUGGGGCAAAGACGAGUAUCACCCGAUCUCGAAAUAUGGAUCAAACAUGAUUCGAAAGGGUCAGGGUUUUACGAUUGUAGAUUCGCUGGAUACUAUUUUGUUAAUGGGACUCGAGGACGAGUUUCAAGAGGCCAAAACCUGGGUCAAGAACGAGCUUGAUUUUGAUCAGGACGGCGAGGUCAAUUUGUUUGAGACGACGAUUCGGGUUCUAGGAGGGCUGCUAAGUGCGUAUGACCAGUCAGACCAUGAUCCAGUGUUCUUGCACAAAGCAGUCGAUCUGGCGGAUCGGCUGAUGGGUGCUUUUGACACCCCAAGUGGGAUCCCGUAUGCGAGCGUACAUCUGAAGGAGGGGCGAGGCGUACCUGGCCAUGAUCGUGGAGUCAGUUCGACGUCCGAGGUGACGACCUUGCAGCUGGAGUUCAAGUAUCUGUCGUACCUCACGAAAGAUGAUAAGUACUGGAAGGCGGCUGAGAAUGUGAUGUUCAAGAUCAAGGAGCAGGACAGUUUGGAUGGACUGGUUCCUAUCUUCAUUAAUCCAUACACGGGACAUUUCCAGGGUGGUGAAAUCCGCCUUGGCUCUCGCGGGGACAGCUACUAUGAAUACUUGAUCAAGCAGUAUCUUCAGACUGGAAUGAAAGAGCCAAUCUACAAGGAGAUGUACGAUCGUGCGAUCGGGGGCGUCAAGAAACAUCUCUUGGGUCGAACCAUCCCCAACAACCUCCUCUUCGUCGGCGAGAUCUCCAAAUACGAGCCCACGAACCUCUCGCCCAAGAUGGACCACCUGGUCUGUUUCCUAGGUGGCACCAUGGCGCUUGCAUCGACCGGGGGUGUUUCGCUGGAUGACCAGACCUUCUCGCGCUCCCGAUUCUCGAGGGCUCAGGAGGAGGACUUUAAGAUUGGAGAGGAACUCACAAAGUCGUGCUAUGAGAUGUAUCACCAAACGGAGACCGGAUUAGCGUCCGAGAUUGUAUAUUGGGUGCAAAAGCAGGAGCAGAUCCGGGGCAAGAGCGCGUUGCAGCAUACCCCUGGUUCGGACUUUAUUAUCAAUGAUCGCGAUGGACACAACUGGUUGCGUCCAGAGACUGUUGAAAGUUUGUUCUAUCUCUGGAGGCUUACUGGUGAUGAGAAGUAUCGCCAAUGGGGAUGGGAGAUCUUUGAGGCGAUUGAAAAGUACAGCAAGGUCGCUUCGGGAGGCUACAGCUCGAUCCAUGACAUUCGUCGGGCAAACAAGAUCAACUUUUCUGACAAAAUGGAGACAUUCUUCCUGGCGGAGACCCUCAAGUACUUUUAUCUACUGUUUGGUUCGGAUGAUGUCCUACCUUUGGACAAGUAUGUCUUCAACACCGAAGCGCAUCCCUUGCCGAUUUUCACACCGCCCGAGGAAUUCUUGGCCCGCACUGGCGGAGCUGGUGCUCCUCAUGUUGGAGAUUCUAAAAAGCUGAGCACAGAGGAGGAGCGGUGGUACAAGGAUCUGCUCGACAAGGAGGACGGCGGUCUGGAUGCAACUGCUAAAAGUGGUGACGAUGAGGAUGAGGAGGCAAUGAGAGACGGAGAUAUCGGUGUCGAGGACAUGGAGGACGAAGUCGCUGGUACGGACGAUAGCCUCUUGUCCGAAACUAUGAACGAGACGGGUGGCGAGAACUCUGAAGGAGAGCUAGAGCUGGUUGCUGAUCCAGAGGCGGACGAGGAUGCCGAUGUUGAACGGGAUGAAGUUGACCAGGGGCUGGAAGACCUGACUGUGGAUGACGAGGAUGAGGAAGCAGAGGAGGUGCCGGAAGUCGAGGUGGACUAUGAAAACAGCGAGGGCGAACAGGAAGAGGGCGAAGAGGGUGAAGUGGGCGAAGAGGGCGAAGAGGGCGACGAGGGCGACGAGGAAGAAGGGGGAGAAGGAGAGGAGGAAGACGAGAUGGAUGGGGAUUCUGAGCAGGAACAAGAAGGCGGAGAAGAAGAGGGUGAAGAUGAUGAAGGCGUCGAAUAUGGUGGGGAAGGCGAUGGACAGGAGGAGGAAGAGAAUCAGGAUUCGGAUCGCGAUUUAUUGUAGGAACUCGUAGUUCGUGUAAAAACAUAAUAGGAAACACGUAAUAUUCAACCA